UUGAACUGGAAGCAUGAAUUGGAUGAUAUUCCAUGGGUCUGGAUUGGAGAUGAAUUUGUCUCACCAAAUGCACUUGCAUUUGACUCGCCUGUAAAAUUCACUCCAUAUUUAUAUGUUGUUCCAUCUGAACUAUCAGAAUAUAAAGAUUUGCUGAUAAAACUGGGUGUCAGACUGAGUUUUGGUAUUAGGGACUAUCUUCAUGUAUUACAACGGCUGCAGAACGAUGUAAAAGGGGUUCCUCUUUCAUUAGAUCAGUUAAAUUUUGUCCAUCGUGUCCUUGAAGCCAUAGUAGAAUGUUGCUCGGAGAAGCCACUUAUUGAGCCGUUUGACAGUCCAUUGUUGAUUCCAGAUGCUCAUGGACUUCUGAUGCCUUCGGGGGAUCUUGUUUAUAAUGAUGCACCUUGGCUGGAAAAUAAUUCUCUCGUUGGAAAACAUUUUAUACAUCCCAGUAUCAGCAAUGAUUUGGCUAGCAGGCUGGGCAUACUGUCUAUUCGAUGCCUUUCUUUAGUCAGUGAAGAUAUGACCGAAGACAUGCCGUGCAUGGACUAUGAUAAAGUAAAUGAGCUGUUGGCCUUGUAUGGAAAUGAGGAGUUUUUGUUGUUUGACCUUCUUGAGUUGGCAGAUUGUUGCAAAGCCAAGAAAUUGCAUCUGAUUUAUGAUAAGAGGGAACAUCCCUGCCAGUCUUUGCUGCAACACAACUUAGGGGAAUUCCAAGGGCCUGCUCUUGUAGCAAUCUUUGAAGGAGCCUGCUUGAGCAGAGAUGAAAUUAGUAACCUCCAGCUCCUUCCUCCAUGGAGAAUACGGGGCAACACACAUUAUGGUUUAGGGUUGGUUUGUUGCUAUUCCAUAUGCGUCCUCCUCUCAAUCAUAUCUGGUGGCUACUUUUACAUGUUUGAUCCUCGUGGUUUGUCACUUGCUGCACCUUCGACAUCUCUCCCUUCAGCUAAAAUGUUUUCCUUAAUAGGUACUGACCUCACACGACGAUUUAGUGAUCAGUUUAGUCCAAUGCUCAUCAAUGAGAAUGAAUUAUGGUCAUCAUCAGAUUCUACCAUCAUCCGAAUGCCUCUAUCAUCUGAAUGUCUGAAGAAUGGAUCCAACCUGGGAUCAAACAGGUUAAGGCAAAUCAUUGACAAAUUUAUAGAGCAUGGAUCAAGAGCACUUCUUCUUUUGAAGUCAGUUUUGCAGGUAUCAAUACUGACAUGGGAAGAUGGAAGUUCACGUCCAUGCCAGAAUUAUUCAGUUUGCAUUGACUCAUCAUCUGCUCUUAUGAGAAAUCCUUUUUCUGAAAAUAAAUGGAGGAAGUUCCAAAUAUCACGAUUAUUUAGCAGCUCUAAUGCUGCUAUUAAGAUGCAUAUAAUAGAUGUGACUUCAUAUUCUGAAGGAGUUACAACCAUCGAUCGGUGGCUUCUUGUACUCUGCCUGGGUUCUGGACAAACAAGAAAUAUGGCUCUUGAUAGGCGAUAUCUUGCCUAUAACUUGACUCCUGUUGCUGGAAUUGCUGCACUUAUAUCAAGAAAUGGCCAUCACUCCAAUCCUUUCUCCUUGAGCUCCAUUAUGUCUCCUCUUCCUUUGUCUGGUUGUAUAAACAUGCCUGUUACGGUCCUAGGGUGUUUCCUUGUAUGUCACAACAGAGGUCGUUUCCUCUUUAAGUAUCAAGACAGGGAAACAUUAGCUGAUGUACAUGUCGAUGCUGGAAAUCAGUUGGUUGAAUCUUGGAACAGAGAGCUGAUGUCCUGUGUUUGUGACUCCUACGUUGAGAUGGUUUUAGAAAUGCAGAAGUUAAGAAAAGAUGUUCCGAGUUCUUUUAUUGACUCCAGUGCCUAUCCUGCAAUCAAUCUCUCUAUGAAGGCUUAUGGAGAUCAGAUCUAUUCCUUCUGGCCAUGUUCUAAGGCUGGUGUUCUGAGUGAUCAACCUAGUGAUUGCAGCACGACUCCUGCAAGUUCAGCAGCCAUUCUCAAAGCAGAUUGGGAAUGCCUUAAAGAACGGGUGAUGCAUCCGUUUUAUUCCCGUAUUGUUGACCUUCCAGUAUGGCAACUAUAUUCAGGAAAUUUAGUCAAGGCUGAAGAAGGUAUGUUCCUUUCACAACCUGGGAAUGGGAUGAUUGGUAGUAUACUUCCGGCUACAGUUUGUAGCUUUGUAAAAGAGCAUUAUCCUGUAUUUUCAGUACCAUGGGAAUUGGUAAAUGAAAUCCAAGCUGUGGGUUUUCCUGUUCGUGAAAUUAGACCUAAAAUGGUUCGUGAUCUCCUAAAAAUUACUUCAACAUCAAUUGUAUUACGGUCAGUUGACAUGUAUAUAGAUGUUCUUGAAUACUGCUUGUCAGAUUCUCUGCAAACCGAUGAUGUCACAAUCGGUUCCAGACAAACUGAUGUCAGAAGCAGUUCUCAUCCAGAGUCUAAUAUGCCUAACUCCUUUAGCUCUGCCACCCAAGGUGCAGCCAGCUCAGGAGAUGCACUUGAAAUGAUGACAAGUUUAGGGAAGGCUUUAUUUGAUUUUGGGCGGGGUGUUGUUGAAGAUAUUGGUAGAGCAGGAGGACCCCUGGUUCACAAGAACGCUGUGACAGGAGACGGUCAAAAUAGGGACCAGAAAAUUAUAUCCAUUGUUACAGAGCUCAAAGGUUUACCAUGUCCAACUGCUACUAACCAUCUGAUAAAAUUGGGCUUUACUGAACUUUGGGUUGGGAAUAAGGAGCAGCAAUCAUUGAUGGUUCCCUUGGGAGCAAAGUUUAUGCAUCCUAAACUAUUAGACAAACCAAUAUUCGGCGAACUUUUCUCUAAUCUCACUAUCCAGGCACUUCUGAAGUUACAGAAUUUCUCUCUUCACCUUCUGGCCCAUCAUAUGAAGCUAAUUUUCCACAAAGAUUGGGUGAAUCAUGUAACAGGAUCAAAUAUGGUUCCAUGGCUUUCAUGGAAGAAACUACCAUGUUCUGUGGAUCAAGGCGGUCCUUCCCCUGAAUGGAUUAGAACAUUCUGGAAAACUUUAAGUGGUUCACAAGAAGAUUUAUCUCUUUUUUCAAGUUGGCCCUUAAUUCCUGCCUUUCUCGGUAGGCCAGUUUUAUGCCGGGUAAGGGAGCGACAACUGGUCUUCAUUCCACCCUUGGAACAUCCACCAUUGACAAGUGGUGUUUUAGAAAGAGAAGCAGCCGUCAGUUAUCUGGGUGAAGCAUCUGAUGGUAAUACUGUUGAAGCUCAGUUAAUUGAAUCCUACACUUCUGCUUUUGAAAGAUCCAAAACUAGGUAUCCUUGGUUAUUUCCUUGGUUAAACCAGUGUAAUAUACCCAUAUUUGACGUAGCAUUCAUGGACUGUGCUGCUUCAUGCAAUUGUUUUCCUAUGCCUGGUCAAUCACUUGGCCAAGUUAUUGCAUCCAAACUCGUGGCAGUUAAGCAAGCUGGAUAUCUCUCUGAACCUACUAAUCUUUCCACUUCAUGUUGUGAUGAUCUUUUUUCCCUUUUUUCUAGUGAGUUCUCAAAUGGUUCCAGCUUUACUCGAGAAGAAAUUGAGGUUUUACGUUCUCUGCCUAUAUAUAAAACAGUUGUUGGAUCUUAUACUAAGUUGCAGGGUCAAGAUCAAUGUAUAAUCCCUUCACAUUCGUUUCUUAAACCAUAUGAUGAGCAUUGUCUUGCUUAUGCCACAGAUUCAAUUGAAAGUUCAUUUCUUCUAGCCCUUGGGGUGCUGGAGUUGCAUGACAAACAGAUCUUAGUACGCUUUGGCUUGCCUGGCUUUGACAGGAAACCUCAAAAUGAGCAGGAGAGCAUAUUGUUACAUCUUUAUACGAAUUGGCAUGAUCUUCAAGCCAAUCAGUCAGUUGUUGAAACUUUAAUGGAAACUAAAUUUGUGCAAAAUUCAGAUGAAUUUUCAACAGAUCUCCUAAAACCCAAAGACCUUUUUGAUCCUGGUGAUGCUCUGUUGAUCUCUAUUUUCUCUGGUGAGAGAACGAAAUUUCCAGGAGAAAGGUUUAGUACAGAUGGGUGGCUUCGAAUAUUAAGGAAACUUGGCCUUCGAACUGCUAUUGAAGUAGAUGUAAUACUUGAUUGUGCUAGAAGAGUUGAGUUUCUUGGAAAUGAGUGCUUGAAAUCAAGUGAUAUGGAUGAUUUUGAAUCAGACUCGAGCAAUACAAAUAAGGAAGUUUCAAGGGAAGUCUGGAUGCUGGCAGGAUCUGUUAUUGAAUUUAUUUCCUCAAACUUUGCUCGCUAUUUUAGCAACAACUUCUGUGACAUUCUUGGCAGGAUUGCAUGUGUACCUGCUGAGCUGGGGUUUCCAAGUGUCCAUUGCAAGAGGGUACUUGCUUCAUAUAGUGAAGCUAUUUUGUCUAAAGAUUGGCCUCUUGCUUGGAGUUGUGCUCCCAUUCUUUCUAGACCACAGAUUGUUCUUCCAGAGUAUUCUUGGGGAGCUCUCCAUUUAAGGAGUCCUCCGCCCUUUUCCAUGGUUUUAAAGCACCUGAAGGAAAUUGGGAAAAAUGGAGGUGAAGAUACCCUAGCUCACUGGCCCAUUGCAUCAGGAAUGAACAUUGAGCAAUGUACUUGUCAGAUCUUGAAAUAUCUAGAGAAACUUUGGGGUUCCCUUUCUUCCUCAGAUCUAUUGGAGCUACAGAAAGUGGCAUUUCUGCCUGUUGCAAAUGGAACACGCCUGGUGACUGCUAGUGCUCUUUUUGUGCGUUUGAUUAUCAAUUUAUCUCCAUUUGCUUUUGAGCUCCCUACAGUAUAUCUACCAUUUGUGAAGAUUUUAAAAGAUUUGGGUCUUCAGGAGACACUGACCCUUUCUUCUGCAAUGGAUCUUCUCCUAAAUCUUCAGAAAGCUUGUGGAUAUCAGCAUUUAAAUCCAAAUGAGCUACGGGCUGUGAUGGAAAUUUUGAAUUUUAUAUGUGAUCAGAUUAUUGAGGGAAACACACUCGAUAGGUCUAACUGGAAAUCUGAAGCCAUAGUUCCUGAUGAUGGCUGCAGGCUUGUUCAUUCAACAUCAUGUGUCUAUAUUGAUUCCUGUGGUUCUCGAUACAUCAAAUGUAUUGAUAUUUCCAAGAUAAGAUUUGUCCACCCAGACCUCUCUGAGCAAGUAUGUAGUGUGCUGGGCAUUAAAAAGUUGUCCGAAGUUGUUCUAGAGGAACUUGAUGAGAAUGAGCAGUUGCAGACUUUAGAUUCUGUGGGGUGCGUUUCACUAGUGACUAUCAAACAGAAAUUAUCAAGCACUUCGCUUCAGGUUGCUGUAUGGACCAUUGUUAACAGCAUGGGCUGUUACAUUCCUGCGGUUAACAACUUAGCUUUGGAUACAAUACAAUCCUUACUCAAAUCAACUGCAGAAAAUCUGCAAUUUGUUGCAAAUCUUAAAACGAGGUUUUUGCUCUUGCCCAAGUUAGUUGAUAUUACUCGUGUUGGUAAAGACUUUAUCAUACCAGACUGGAAGGGUGAAUCUGUACAUCAGACUCUUUAUUUUGUGAAAAAAUCAAAAACCCGUAUUCUAAUUGCAGAACCACCAGCUUAUGUAUCGAUUUUUGAUCUCAUUGCCAUUGUUGUCAGCCAGGUUUUAGGCUCUCCUACUGUAUUGCCUAUUGGACCUUUAUUUGUUUGUCCUGAAGGAUCUGAGAUUUCAGUUGUUAAUGCUUUAAACCUGUGCUUUGACAAGAAAGAAGUUGAAUCCGGAAGGGGAAGCAGUAAUUUGGUGGGAAAAGAAAUAUUGCCUCAAGAUGCUCGUCUUAUUCAGUUCCAUCCGUUGAGGCCUUUUUAUUCAGGUGAAAUAGUGGCUUGGCGUUCUCAAAAUGGAGAGAAGCUAAAAUAUGGCAAAGUUCCUGAGGAUGUCAGACCAUCAGCAGGCCAAGCUUUAUACAGAUUUAAGAUUGAAAUUGCUCCAGGCGUUACCCAAGUUCUACUUUCUUCUCAAGUUUUUUCAUUUAAAAGUAUAGCAGCAAGCAGUCCUCUGUCAGAAACCUUGGUAGGUGAUAGCCUUGUAGUAAGCAGUAACAGGCCUCAUGUUGAGGUUUCAGAGAGUGCGCAAAGGGGCAGAAGCAUCUCUCAGCCAACGAGAGAAGUCCAGCAUGGCAAAGUUUCAGCCGUAGAACUGGUGCAGGCGGUUAAUGAGAUACUCUCUGCUGCUGGAAUGAAUAUUGAUGUGGAGAAGCAGGCUUUACUUCAGAGAACAAUAGCUUUGCAAGAAAAUCUCAGAGAAUCUCAAGCAGCACUCCUAUUGGAGCAGGAAAGGGUUGAAGCGGCGACAAAAGAGGCUGAUACAGCAAAGGCAGCAUGGCUGUGUCGGGUUUGUCUGACUGCUGAAGUUAAUAUCACAAUAGUGCCUUGCGGUCAUGUGCUUUGUCAUAGAUGCUGUUCUGCAGUAUCAAAGUGUCCAUUUUGUAGGCUCCAGGUUACUAAAACCAUUCGAAUUUUCCGACCAUAGCAUCUUUGCUGCUUAGCUCCUGUCUCCCGUGGGUUUAUUUGUUUCUGUCAUGUAAAUGAUUCGACGGAAACAAACCUGCAAUGUAUAGACUAUAAUGGGAAUAAAAUUUAUUCGGAAUACAUUUUUAUUUAUAUAUUUUUUUAAAGAUUCAAUAAAUUUAUGACGAACUACGGCAUGACA